CUCUCUUUUCUCUCUGUCCAUCUCUUUCUCCUUCCACUCCCUUCUUGCUGCCAUGCCGCGCAAGAGCUAUCGCGAACACCGCGCCGAGCGCUCUGCCGCCCUCAGCGACGAUGGGACCGACAUGGACUCGCUCGCGUCCUUCAGCACCUUUGCUAGCCACACCACCCUCGCCUCUCAAGCGACGGGCACUUACCCCUCCUUCUCCUCCUUCGGAAUCAAUGGCGCGCCAUCCCCCUUCUACUCGCAUCCCGGAGGCUUGGCGCCCCCCACUAUGCGGCAUCGGACAUACAGCAACGUCUCGAGCGUCAGCCGACGCGACGCUACCCUAGAGACCACCGACUCGCCCUCGACACAGAGCCGCAUCCUCUCUCCUCCCCCAAGCGACGUCCCCACACCCUCUGGCCUCCCUCCGUCCCCCGCACCCCCUCCGAGCCGCAGUGUAAGCGGAGAAGACGUGGUCCGUCCUCGCAGCAAGGAGGACCGCGAGCGUGACAAGCGCCGCCGCCGAGCACGCAACGAGGAGCGCUGGCGUCGCGCACGCGCGCGCGAGGCCGCCCAUGACGCGCCGGUCCGCCGCGCAGCCAAGGCGGCCAGCUCUGUCCUCGGGACAAGCGGAACAUUGGCAGCGACCUUCUUCACCUGCGUAGCCGUCCGUGUCUCCUUGACAAUUGUCAUGCUUUGGGUGGACAACACAUCGCGUACACGCCUCGCGUCCGAAGCCGCCGCCCUGCGGCUGGCAUGUGCAGGGCGUGUCGCGCCACUUCUCCGCCCUCUCGUGCCCCUAUGCCAGGCAACAUUCGGGGCUCCCGUCGAGAACCCCACUGCGUGGCCUGGGAAAAGAGCAGCGGCGGCGCUAAUCGGCGCGCGCCUUGCCGCCGAGUGUUUGCUCUGGACUGCCGCUGUCGUGUGGUCGACGGUCGAGGGGUGGCGAGAGGGGCGCACGCUGCGCACCAAGGUCGCAGCGAUUGUGUACCUGGCUCUUGCGCCUGUGCUGGCGAUCCGAGAGGCUGCAUUCCUUCCGGUGCGCGGGGCGUUGGGUUUCGCUGCGUGGGCGCUUGUUGCGACAGUUAGUGGAUACGACACAGCUGCAGCGGCAUUCAUGACGGCCGCAACGUGGUUCGAGGGGAGUACGCGCGUGUACCUCCCAGCAUUUAUCGUGUAUGCUGUCGGCAAGAACAUCUGGCUUAACGGACGUGACCGAGGGUACCUCAGCCGCCUGGCUGUUUCUGUGCUCGCGACACUGUUUGUGCUCAGCAGCAUGAGUCCUGUGCCCCUUCGGGAGCGAGGCGCGGCUCUCGUGUCUGCGAUUGAGGCCGCCGGUUUCGCUGGGAGCGUCAAGGCCGUCUUCCGCUGCUUCGCCUCUCUUAUCUCCAUUCGCAACAUUCUUUCAGCCAUUGCUCUACUCCCCACGACCUAUCUCACUCUCAAGUCGAGCUACACCCUCAGGCCCGCCGCGAACGAGUUCGCCUCAUCCGACGCUGUGCCUGCUACGGCGAGACUCCUCCCCAUCGCACUCACCGCGACAGCCGGUGCACUAACACUGUGGCCCGGUGACCCGGCGCUUCCGCUACUUCCUCUGGCCUUCGCCUCAGCCCUGCGCCGCGACGACGACGAGUGGGCGGUAGCGGUGCAGAUGCACCACAUCGCCGCCAUGAGCCUGUGGCCCAAGCUCAGCGGCCCCCUCCUCUCUCUGGCGGGGGGGUACGUGAUGGCAUGGUACAUGCUCAUCGGGGCGCGGACGGACGCGCCAUCGCCGGCGCUGAACGUGCACCAGAAGGUGACGUUCGUGCUCAACCUCGGGGCUAAUGUGCUGCCCCUGUUUGCCCACCUCCACCCGGCGCGUCACUUCCAGUGGGCGGGGCGGUAUCUCGGGUAUGCGCAGACGGCGUUCAUGGUGCUCAGCGUGGCGGGCGUGGUUGUGUGGGCCAACAUGCGGCUGGUGAAGACGGCUUGGGCUGUUGGGGCACUGUAGGUUGUAGGUGUGGGUGUAUGUCUUGCUGGGCA